AUGAAGUCCUUCACGGAAGAAGAAUCGCUCAAGCAGCAAGAGACAGCCAAUCAUACAAUUGCUCAGCCGCUUCCUCGUCAGACUCCUCUACCCACUGUUUCGCAAGAUGACACGGAGGUAUUUGAAGUAGUCAUUGUUGGUGCGGGACCAGCGGGCCUUCUACUCAACCUUUUGCUCGCACGUUACGGGUUGCCAGACUCCUCCCGCUUAUGCAUCGAUUCCAGUCCGUCACCACUCAAAGUUGGACAUGCCGAUGCCAUGAUGCAACGGACCUUGGAGGUUUUCAAGAGCUUGGAUAUAGCCGAUGAGCUCUGGAGCCAAGGUCUUCGCGCCUACGAAUUCACUAGAUGGAUCAAGGAUGCCAGCGCCCCCACUGGCUUCAUUCGGCAGUUUUCGCAGUUCACCAACCAGCUGAAGGGUAGAUAUCAACCGGCUAUGGUUCUGAUGUCACAGGGGAGGAUUGAACGAAUCAUCCAAGAUGAUCUGAAAAAAUAUUCAAAGAGAGGGGUCGUUUGGAACUGCCGGGUUGUGGAUGUCAAGAUUGAGAAUGGUGCAGGGUCUGAUUUUCCUGUGAAGGCAACGAUGCAACUGAAUGGCGAAAUGCGCACGGUUAGAGCGAAGUAUCUGAUUGGGGCUGAUGGCGCACAUUCAGUGGUAAGAAGGGCGAUGGGUAUAAAUCAGGUUGGAGGCUCUAUUGGCGAUAUUUGGGGCGCUAUCGACAUGGUGGUUGACAGUGAUUUCCCAGAUAUUCGUAGACCGGUUCAUUUAACCUCUACUAAUCGCAUAGUUUCAAUAAUUCCUCGCGAAAAGAGGAAUGAUGGAGAAUACCUGACCCGGCUAUACGUGCCAUUCGCUGAAGAUGACCCUAUUGAGCAAAAGAACGCCGCAGUUGUGCUCAACACAGAAGAAUCCCAGCGGGCUAGAAGAGCCAAGAUUACCCCUGAGCUCAUUUUGCAGCGUGCCAGAGACCUUUUCCACCCAUAUUACAUCCGACCCAAGCAGGACAUUGAGUGGUGGACAGCAUAUCAAGUUGGGAGGCGCGUCGCUGAACGUUUCGUCGAGAAGGACCAAGCCGGAAAUUCACGCGUUUUCCUCGUCGGAGACGCUUGCCAUACCCACUCUCCCGCCAUGGGCCAGGGAAUGAACGUUGGCCUGAUGGAUAGCUACGAUCUAUCGUGGAAGCUCAUAUAUGCAAUCAACGGGCUCACACCAGAGCCAGAGAAAUUUUUUGACACGUUCUCCCAUGACCGCCUGAAAAAUGCUAAGACCCUUGUCGAGAAUGACAGAGACUGGUAUGAGACUCGAUAUAUGAUUAAGGCUGAAGAUGAUAUCCAGUCACAAAAUUUUCUAGAGCAGGAGUUGCACGCUUUCAUGGUUGGUGUCAUUGAAUACGAUGAAGGAUACCUCGUCGAUGAGAAAACUGGAACCUCAGAAGGGCUGAUAAACAGUUCCAACUUCAUCAACGGAGUUCUGAGGGAAGGGCGCCGACUUGGAGACACAAUGAUCACGAGGUUUGCAGAUGGUGAUAUCAGACAUUCGCAGGACGAGUUCCCCUCGGAUGGACGCUUCCGCAUACUUGUCUUCGCAUCUGACGAUCUCACCAAAGCUGCGGAGGGGAUAUCUGCGUCUUCGCUUAACAAGAUCUGUCAAGAUGUAUUGCCCUCGUUUGUUCCAAAGACGGUAGAACUAGUGCUUUUCACGCCAUUUGACUCUCUUUCUUUUGAGUGGACGGAUAUACCGCCUGUUGUCAAACAGGAAGCUGAAAUGCGGGUGCAUUAUCUUGCGCCAGAAGGAUAUGCUGCUUAUGGCGUUGAUAUGAAGUUGGGCGCCAUCACUGUGGUUCGACCAGACGGGGUUGUGGGAACCAUAUCAAGGCUGGACGACACGCAAAAGAUCAGUAACUAUUUGAAAAGAUGCUUACGGACGGUUGUGUAG